CAACUUUUCUACGCUUAAUUUCGAACAUGAAGAAAUAAACAUGGGAGUUUUAUAGAUCACCAAAAUGGAGUACUUCUUUGUUUUGAUCAUUAUCUCAUCCAUCUUUUUUCACUCAAUAACCUCAAAUUCAAUUUCUACAGAUGGUUUUCUUGAAUGUUUUACUUAUCAUUUACAACACCACUAUGAUAAAAACGACCCAGUUUAUUCCAAGAUAAUUCUAACCAAAACCAACUCUCACUAUACCUCACUCUUACAAUCUUCAAUCCGAAACGGCAGAUUUUUGAACAAUUCAUUGACACCAAAGCCUGAAAUCAUCCUGACCCCUUUUCACAAAUCUCAAGUACAAGCUGCGGUGAUUUGCUCCAAGCGAAACGAGCUCCAAAUUAAGGUUCGAAGUGGAGGCCAUGACUACGAGGGUUUGUCUUACGUCUCUGACGUUUCACCUUUCAUGAUCAUCGAUCUCAUAAAUUAUCAAUCCAUAAAGGUUGACAUAAGGAACGAGGUGGCUUUGGUUGAGGCCGGUGCUACUCUCGGACAGUUGUAUUACGAAAUCGCUAAGAAGAGUAAGGUUCAUGGCUUCCCAGCUGGGUCUUGCUCCACUGUGGGAGUUGGAGGACACUUCAGUGGAGGUGGUUUCGGAACCAUAUUCAGAAAAUAUGGCUUAGCAGCCGAUAAUAUUCUUGAUGCUGAGAUAGUCAACGUUAAUGGCGAGGUUUUGAAUCGACAGUCAAUGGGGGAAGAUCUGUUUUGGGCCAUUAGAGGAGGUGGAGGUUCCAGUUUUGGAGUGAUUUUGUCAUGGAAAGUCAAGUUGGUUCGUGUUCCUCCAAGCGUAACAAUAUCCCACAUCGAAAAGACGCUGGACGAAGGUGGGGCCAAGCUUCUUAAUAAAUGGCAAACCACUGGGAAACAAUUUCACGAAGACUUAUUCCUACAUGUCACAACGGCAGUUACAACAGCGGUUGAUGGUACCAAAAAAACCAUUCAAGUCGCAUUCACCUCGUUAUUUCUUGGACCGGCCAAGAAUCUAGUCUCUCUAAUGGAUCAAAACUUCCCAGAAUUAGGUUUGCAGCUCGAGAAUUGCACUGAGAUGAGUUGGAUCCAAUCUGUUCUUUAUUUCGCCGGGUUUUCCAUUAAUGGCCCCUUAGAAAUCCUGGCUAAUAGAAGUACAACCAACGUAGGGUUCUUCAAAGGAAAAUCAGAUUACGUGUCCGAACCGAUUUCGGAAACUGGUUUGGAAGGGUUAUGGCAAAAGCUUUAUGAAGAUGAAGGAUCCUUCUUGAUUUGGAGUCCUUAUGGUGGAAGAAUGAGCCAGAUUUCGGAUUCGGAAAUUCCUUUCCCUCAUAGGAGUGGGAAUUUGUAUGGUAUUCAGUAUAUGGUUACUUGGAAUUCUGAAAAUGAAACUGAGAACCAUAUUGGAUGGAUGAAAAGGUUGUAUAGUUAUAUGGCACCAUAUGUUUCUAAGUCCCCAAGAGCUGCUUAUUUCAACUAUAGGGAUCUUGAUAUUGGAAGGAACGAGAGAGUUGGUAAUACAAGCUACGCAAAAGCACGAACUUGGGGUUUAAGGUACUUCAGGCAUAAUUUUAUAAGACUUGUUCGUGUUAAGACCAAGGUUGAUCCAUGCAAUUAUUUCAGGAAUGAACAAAGCAUUCCAGUUUUGCAAUCUGGGAGAAUGAAGGGAAAGAAUUAACAAAGUAGUAUAUAUAUAUAGUUUGGCUUUUGAUUUGCUUAUUAUUAAUUUCGUUUUACUUGAGUUUUUAAUAAUGGAACACCACCGAUCAAAUAAUGUUAUGCUUAAGACUGCAUGUUCCCUUGGUAAA